AUUGUUUACAGCAUUACAUCCAGAUUGCUUUCACAUCAGCACUGAAUUUAAUAAUCCGGCUCUCCACUAAGCAGCAGCAUUCAGGAGACACGACUCUGAAAGAGCACAACUUCUCCACUAAAGAUCUACAACAUCUACACCAAUCCAGCUUUCUGGUCUCUGUUCAUACUCAGAGAGGUGGAUAAUGGCUGCUGCCCAGGUGUCGGCCCCAAACCUGACCACUUCUCCUGUCGACACAGAGGACUACAGCAUCUAUGCUAACAUGUCUGAGGAGCAGCUUCUGCAGCUAGCUAUCGAGCGAAGUCUAGCUGAUACUCAGCAAAACUGGUCUCACCCCUCGAGACUGACGACCCAGCGUUCAGCCCUCCAAAGAUUUCAGAACAUCCCUCCUCCUGCUAAUCCACCAGCUAUUCCAACGGCUAAUCCACCAUCUGAUCCACCAUGCAGCCUAUCAGAUAGUAAUGAACAAAGCACAUCAAUCUAUAGAGAUGUUCAAAAGCAUUUCUUCCGCAAAGACAAGCAGGAAGUGAUUUCCUGGACAAGAUACAAUGGAUCUCUACGGGUUACUGUCAAAUCGGUCAAUGAUUUUGACCCGUUUCUGUCAGCGGUUUGGAAAGGUGACGCUAAGGCCCUAAGUGAAUUAAUACAAAGCAACUCCAGAAACCUUCUGGAAGCCAAUCGGGAGGGCUGGUUCCCUCUGCACAAGUGCGCUUACUAUGGCCAUUUGGAGUGUCUCAAGGUUUUGCUAAGUGCUGCACCAGAAACGAUGAACAGACGCACUCUGAAGGGCCAAACUCCGCUUCUUUUGGCUGUGAGCCACCGGCAUUUAGAUUGUGUUCAUUAUCUGUUGGAGAAAGGUGCGGAUCCGAACCUGGCAAACAAACAAGGGGAGACUCCGCUAUACAAAGCUUGUGAAAAGGGAACCGAGGAAGCUGUUGGUCUUCUGCUAAGAUAUGGCGCAUUGACAACCAGGGCUUCAGUGCAGGGGACAACACCACUGCAUGAAGCAGUGCCCAGAAAAAAUGUGGAGAUGUGCAAGAUGCUGCUGCAAGCAAGAGCAAAUCUGAACGCUAAAAACAUUUAUGGCAUAGACCCACUGUUUACAGCAGCUGAGUGUGGUGCUGCCGAGGUUCUUAGCUUCCUGCUCAUGAAAGGUGCAGACAUCAACACUAAGGCUGACGAUGGAGCCUCUGCAUUGUUUGAAGCCUCUAAAAAUGGUCACAGUGAAGUUGUGGAGAUUCUCUUGUCCAAAGGUGCUGAUGUUAACAAAUCUAACAAUGCUGGAUUACUUCCUAUUCAUAUUGCUGCUAAAAAUGGUCAUGAUGGAGUCGUUGCCAUGCUAAUACCAAGAACUAGCAGGGCAAAGCUGAAGCAGUGUGGCAUCAGUCCUCUUCAUUUGGCUGCAGAACGCAACAGAGACAAUGUUCUUGAAAUUCUGAUCAACGCCGGACUUGAUGUCAACUUUAGGCUGUCUGAUGAUUGGUCCAAAAUGUAUGAGGAUCAUCGCAGCACUGCGCUUUAUUGUGCCGUGUGUAACAGUAAUGUUGAGGGGGUCACGAUGCUCCUGGAGGCUGGUGCCAACCCAAACCUGGACUUCUUCAAUCCUUUGCUUGUUGCAGUUAGAAAGGGCUGCAUGGAAAUGGUCAAGCUUUUGGUCAGCUAUGGUGCGAAUAUCAACUCCAUUCUUACAACUCAUCCCACCAAAUUCCCGGCCGCUUUACUCUUUUGCUUUAAUUACUUGCCGAUGAUUAAGUACCUCAUGGAUAAUGGUUGCGAUGCCCUAUCAUGUUUCCAAUGUGACUACGGCAGUAAUACUCACCCGCCCAUUAAAGAAAGCAGAGACAGAAGGGAGAGGCUAUAUUACAUCAGUGAGGAAAGUUUUGAAAGGAGUUUACAGUUCUGCGAGAUCAUCUCUAGGCCAUCGGCUACCAUUUGGGCUGGACCUAUCAUAGACAUCCUGCUGGACUACGUGGGUCAUGUGAAGCUCUGUUCCAGACUUAACGACUACCUAAAUAGUUACAGCAAAUGGGCUGAAAUCAGAGAGAAAGCAACGCCUCCUCGACCCUUGAUGCAUCUCUGCCGGAUAAACAUUCGUCAGCAGCUUGGGAUCAAGAGACUAAGACAGAUAAACAAGCUUCCUCUGCCUGGGAGGCUUAUGAAGUUCUUGCGACAUGAUAGAGAAUCGUUUGCUGAUAUCCUGUGAAAGGUUGGACGUUAAAUGUGCCAAAAAUUGCUAUUUUUGUUUAGAAUUGACAACGUGGCUUUAUAAACGAUAAGAUAAAAUAUUCAGAAAUAUCUUUAAGGCGAAUGAAGAUGUGUAAAUUUUAUUUUGUGAGACUAAGGUUGUUAUUCAUUUGUUCCUGUUUGUAGAAAAAAAUAAUACAAAAACUGUGAAUUCUAUUAUAUACAAAAUAUAUAUAUAUAUAUAUAUAUAUAAAGUUAGGUUUUUAAAAACUAUUAGUUUUGUUAAAAGUUUUAUUUUUUUAAAUGUUUGAUUGAAAAAAAAAGUGUGGAGUUUUGGUGUCUCAGAGAUACGUGCAUUCUCCUUUUGUUUCUAUGCAACAAUCUCAGGUAAUGUAACAGUAUGAAAAAUGUCCCUUGACCAAACAAAUCCAGAUGCACUUUAUUUUCAUUGAAAAAUCAUCACAGCUUUACACACGUAUCUGGACACUUCGUUUCACCUGAACAUUCAGCUGAAAUAUUUUGCCGUGCCUCUUCUAAAACUUGGCAAAGAUGUUCUUCACUAGAUUUUUUUACAAUCCAUUUCAUCCCAGAGCGUCUCAUCGUCUUGUUGUAUGGUUCCAGGUUGGUUCCAAUGAGCCGCAGUCUAGACGGAAUUCGAAUUACAUGGUGACAGAUUUACAUGGUGUUAAAGUAUGGAAUAAGAGCCAUAUUGGGUCAGGAUUCCUUUCACCAUGUAUAUAUGUAAUUAGCAUGUUCGCCAGAUAUGAACAGAAACAUGUCCAGAGGAAAGUUCCGGAGCUACAUGUAUUUCAUCCAAAACCGACUGUUAUUGCCUAAGGGUCAAGUCAAGUCAAGUCAAGUUUAUUUGUAUAGCGCUUUUCACAACAGACAUUGUCUCAAAGCAGCUUUACACAAAUCAACAGUGAAGGUGAAUGGUGUGCAUUUGUCCCUGAUGAGC